GGGGAUUCCCCAGAAGAAAUAUGACACUGAGCGUUUUACAUAAUACGCGUCUUGGAUAUCAAGAUAUUUCUAGGAAAAGAUCACAGCAGGCGAAAAGAACUCUCGUACAAACGAAUGAAAUAUCUUCCUAUUUCUGGUUCAGUAGUGUCACAGGAAUAAYAUCUGGUAUUGACAGCAAUCAUGGCCACAAACCAACAGCAAAGUGCUAUUCCUCUGGUGUUACCCAACAACUGUACCUGGGAUGCACAGACUGGAACAUAUGACAAGAAGAAAGGUGUUGGUCGAGAAACGUUGAAUGCCAUACCCAAAGCACUAGACCAAUUGAGGGAGAUCAAGGGACCUGUAUGUGUUGUGUCCAUAGCUGGUCCUUGUAGGAAAGGAAAGUCUUACAUAUUGGGCAAGGUGUUUGAUUGAUUUACAAUUCUGCUGGUGUGCCCAACCGCUCAGACCUCGAGGGUCUAGACUUCAUCGUGAAACUUUCCCAGCGAAUCCAGUUGCACACCAAGAAGAAGAAUGCAACAGAUGAAGACGGGAGCCAUUUCUACGAGGCAUUUCCCAACUUUAUCUGGCUUUUGAGAGACGUGGUUCUUGAAAUCCCUGCAGGAUGCAGCAACAUCAAAGAAUACUUCCUGAAGAAAGUACUUAAUGCUAGCAGCGAAGACUUGAAUGACAAAGCCAGGAAAACAGCAGAAAGCAUCCUCAAUUUCUUCUCAGCAUUUGAUGCGUUUUCACUUCCACCACCUGCCUACGAUCCCAAGGUCGUGAAAAAUCUUAACGAUAAAAAUCUGGAAUCGCAAGUUAACCCUCAGUUUUUGAAGGAGGUCCAGGCCUUCAAGAAGAUGUUGCACUCCAGACUGUCCCCCAAGAAAUCCAUCAAUGAAGGAGAAUUUGUGACUGGGGAAGCCCUGGCUGCUCUUAUUCAGCUGUUUGUCGAGGCUCUCAACACUCCGGGCACCGUACCCAACGUAGAGAACGCGUGGGACACAUUUGUGCAUAACAAAUGUACCGAGGUUUUGGCUGCAGCCCUUGCUGCCUAUAAACAGGAAAUGACGUCACAAAUGAAGGAAAAGAUCCCCUGCGAGGCUGACGUGAUUAGGGCUGCACAUCUGAAAGCAAUGGACGCUGGAUUUGAAACGUUUCGCAAGGAAACAUUUACGUUGUCAAUAAAAAGUGUCGAUAAGUACUUGAAGGAACUAAAGGAAAAAGCUGACGUCAUUCUGUCCAAGUGGAUAGAACAAAAUACAAGCGAAACCGAGGCCUGUUGCAUUCAACUUCUCAAAGAGCUCAAACAAAGCAUGCUGGAUCCAGUGCUUAAACGUCUUCGUGGUCCAGAAGCAUCAAAGAUGCAGUUUAGUGACAUCGUCAGUGCAUACAAUCAAAUCCAGGAAAGCUACGCAGCCAAAGCACGUGGAGCAAAGGAUGUUCAGGCCACUGUGUUCAUGAACUUCCAUCCGGAAUUGCAGCGAGAUAUGGAGCAGAACAUUGAUAUUCUGCAAAAGAUGAAAGACUACAACGAGUCAUUGGCUAAAGAGAAGGCAGAGAAAGCUGAGCUUGAAGAACAAAGACUUAAAUCAGAGGAGGACAAAGCUCGUAUGGAAGAAGAAAAGGAAAUCAAGCAAAGAGAGAUGGUUCUCCUGCAAGAGAAGCAGGACGAAGAAAAAAUAAGACUGCAACAGAUGUUUGAGAAAAACAUGCAAGAUCAGCGUGAACAACUGACUAACAUGAUGGAAGCCAACUUUAAAGAACAACAACAAGUAAGAGAAGCAGCUCUGGCUCGCCAGAAGACCAUGGAAGACAUGGUUGAUGUCCUGAAACAAUCACUUGAUAGACGAGAUCAAGAGAUCAGUACACUGGGUAAACAGAUUGAAGCGAUAGCUAAUCGACCCAAGCCUCAACCAAAAGGUGGAUGUGUGAUGCUGUAAGAAGGCUACUACCAAUAAUACUACUGGAUUACUCUUAUAAACGAAAAAAGGAACUCAAUAGAUAGAUAAUAGUUGUUAAUGUAGGUAAAUAAACGUCAAUAUCAACACAUGAA